AUAGUCUAUUCUUCGCUGAUAGCAUAAAAUAUUAUCCCUGGAAAAUCUAUUCAUGCUCCGUUCGGAGUUACUCUUUCCUAUCUUUUCUCCCUCGCCAUUUUCCAUCACGCCCACCGCGACACAAAGGCGGAAACUACAUAUACAUAUACAAAUACAACUAUACAUAUACAUAAACAUAUAGAGAGAAAGAGAGUCUCUCUUGGGAGGAGAUGGCUUUGAGACGCCUCCUCGCGCAGGUCCAAAGGCAGCAAUCAUGGUUGAGGCAACUGGACAAUUUGUUUGUUAGAACUUAUCUUACAUCACAAAAGAUUAGGGGAGGUGAAGUGAAUAGGGUUCCAAGUGCUCAGGGAAGAUUUCAGUCAAGUUAUGUUGGCAGUCUAUCUCGCAGAGUACGUGAUAGUGAUGGAUCAAGUGAUGCUGCAUAUCUUAAGGAACUUUAUCAUAGAAAUGAUCCAGAGGCAGUUAUAAGAUUAUUUGAAAGUCAACCAUCAUUACAUUCUAACCCAUCAGCGCUUGCAGAAUAUGUUAAGGCACUGGUCAGAGUUGACAGGCUGGAUGACAGUGAGUUGCUCAAGACCUUGCAGAGAGGAAUUACAGGUGCUGCUAGCUCACAGGUGGAGGAAGAAAGCGUUGGUGGUCUUUUAGCUUUUAGAAAUGUGGGGAAACCUACAAAGGAUGGAAUCCUUGGAACUUCUAGUGCUCCCAUACACAUGGUUGCUGCUGAAGGGGGGCAUUUUAAAGAACAAUUAUGGCGUACAUUCCGUUCUCUUGGUAUGGCUUUUCUCUUGAUUUCAGGUGUUGGUGCGCUAAUUGAAGAUAGAGGAAUCAGUAAAGGACUUGGUUUGAAUGAAGAAGUGCAACCCAGCAUGGAGUCUAGCACAAAAUUUAGUGAUGUAAAAGGUGUUGACGAGGCAAAAGCUGAGCUAGAAGAAAUUGUUCACUAUCUUCGAGACCCCAAGCGCUUCACGCGUCUUGGUGGAAAGCUUCCCAAAGGGGUUUUACUUGUUGGUCCUCCCGGCACAGGUAAGACUAUGCUGGCAAGGGCCAUAGCAGGAGAAGCUGGGGUGCCUUUUUUCUCCUGCAGCGGCAGUGAGUUUGAAGAGAUGUUUGUUGGUGUUGGAGCCCGCAGGGUGAGAGAUCUCUUCUCUGCUGCAAAGAAGCGCUCACCAUGUAUAAUAUUCAUUGAUGAGAUAGAUGCCAUUGGAGGAAGCCGUAAUCCAAAGGACCAGCAGUACAUGAAGAUGACUCUGAAUCAGCUGCUUGUUGAACUGGAUGGUUUCAAACAGAAUGAGGGUAUCAUUGUGAUUGCUGCUACUAAUUUCCCAGAAUCACUGGAUAAGGCACUGGUGAGACCUGGUCGGUUUGAUCGUCACAUUGUUGUUCCGAAUCCAGAUGUUGAAGGGCGGAGGCAAAUCUUGGAAUCCCACAUGUCAAAGGUUCUGAAGGCAGAUGAUGUUGAUCUGAUGAUUAUUGCAAGAGGAACUCCUGGCUUUUCAGGUGCGGAUCUUGCAAACUUAGUAAACAUUGCAGCUCUCAAGGCUGCAAUGGAUGGUGCAAAAGCUGUAAGCAUGGCUGAUCUGGAGUAUGCAAAGGACAAGAUCAUGAUGGGAAGUGAACGCAAAUCAGCAGUCAUAUCUGAUGAGUCAAGAAGGCUGACAGCAUUCCAUGAGGGCGGCCAUGCACUCGUUGCUAUUCAUACUGAUGGGGCUCUUGCAGUGCACAAGGCAACCAUUGUUCCGCGAGGUAUGUCGCUUGGCAUGGUUGCGCAAUUACCUGACAAGGAUGAGACAAGUGUCUCCCGGAAGCAGAUGCUUGCGCGGCUGGAUGUUUGCAUGGGUGGAAGAGUUGCGGAAGAACUAAUCUUUGGAGAAAAUGAAGUUACAUCAGGUGCGUCUUCUGAUCUUCAACAAGCAACUAAUCUUGCCAGAGCAAUGGUUACAAAGUAUGGUAUGAGCGAACAAGUUGGCCUGGUUACCCACAACUAUGAUGACAAUGGAAAGAGCAUGAGCACUGAGACUAGGCUUCUCAUUGAGAAAGAGGUGAAAGUAUUCUUGGAAAGGGCUUACAACAAUGCGAAAAAUAUACUCACCACCCAUAGCAAAGAGCUCCAUGCACUCGCUAAUGCUUUGCUUGAACAUGAGACACUUACAGGAAGUCAGAUUAAGGCUCUCCUUGCUCACAUUAACUCUCAGCAGCUCCAGCAAGAGCAACAUCAGAUAGUUCCACAGCAGAGCCCUUCACAGCCGAACACUGUGCCUCCCUCAGCACCCAAUGCAGCAGCUUCUGCAGCCGCUGCUGCAGCUGCUGCAGCAGCAGCUGCCACUGCUGCAGCCAAGGCAAAAGGCAUUGCUUCUGUGGGAUCUUAGUAUACAAAAGUUGGUAAGAUUCAUCCGUUCUGGCUACUUAUUAAAUUUCAUGUGCAUAUAGUAACUCAUUCGCGAGCCUUUUCUCCUCUAAGAGAUAUAACUGUAGUUCGAUUACUGUCAACGAGCCAUAUUUAUGUACCAUCAUGUGCUUGCAAGUCUACAAUGGGUGUAGAGUAUUAAUGGCAUUAAUUUUUUUUUCUUUGGGGUUGGGGU